CAAUGUUUUUACGUUUUCAACUUCUGUUCUUCCAGUGCUAUUGGAAACUUGAAAAUUGCUGAAGUUGAUCCAGAUGGUCGUUUUGUAAAGAUCCGGAACCAUGCCCCUGAGAAAGAUGAGAACAUUGGGGGUUAUCUCUUGAAGCAGGACAUCAGAGGUCAACCAGUAGCUGUAUUUAGGUUUCCCUCCGAGACCAGCAUGGAGCCCAGUUCCACCAUGACGGUUUGGGCAGCAGAUGGUACAGUGCUUCACAAAUUUCCCUCGGAUCUUCUUUGGAAGGACCUGAGGAGAUUUAGGACAGGCCUUGACUGUGCUACCAUUCUCUGUGAGCCUAGUGGCCAAGCUGUUGCUUGGUAUGCUCCUCUCUAUUGGACCACCAGGCAAGGAUUGAUGGCAACAGAGGAAAGUGAAGAACCUGAGAACAUUGUUAUACCGACUUUCUCUAUAACAAAAGAGGAAUGGGAAAAUGAACAGGAAUCUACAAUAACUGAUACAGAGUGGAACAGGGCUGACCCAUGGCAAACUAGUAAAAAAAGACAAAGCUUCAUCAAAAG